AUGUGCGGGGUCUAUCUGUAUGCAUAUGAGUAUAUGUGGGUGUGCUGUGCAUACGUUGCUCGUCUCUAUCUUUUGCGAUGUAUAUGGAAAUUGCUCGAGCUUCCAGAUGAUUAUGAUAAUGAUCUGACACCAUCAUCAUCAUUAUCACCAUCUCCUUCAUCUUCCAUAUCUGAUGAGUACGAAGUUGGUGGAAAGAUGGUAGAUGAUGAUGAUGACGGCGAAGAUGUCGGCGAUAACAACAAUGAGGAAGAUGACGUCAGCAAGAUGGAUCGCACUGUCAUUUUGGGAGAUGUGCAGAAGAGACUGCAGAAGAUGAGCAUUAAUGAACGUCUCAUGGUACAAAAAUGUUUUGGUAGGAGUAAAGGCGAGGGCACAUCCACCUAA